AUGCCGUCCAAGCUCGCCUUCCUGCAGGCCCUCAUCAUCGAGCUCGGGCUGUACACCUCGAUGCCGUCCCUCCCGAACUCGCUGCGCGCCGCGAAGGCGGUCCUCAAGUCGCAGGUGUUCCUCAACGUCCGCGACUACCUCGCCGUCCGCCAGCAGGGCGUCGAUGCCCUCCGUGGCGUCAUGCACCCCAGCCGCUCCGCGCUCAUGCGCGAAAUACGCGGCGGGAAGAAGGCCCCGCGCAAGACCGUCAAGGACCGCGGCCUGGACGUGCUCCUCGUCACCUGCUACCGGUGA